CAAUCCUCAUUCGUAAUUCAUGCGGCGACUGCAUCCUCGUGGAAGGUGUCUCCGAGAAAAGUUUUCAUGGAAUCAAAAUACUCAACAUCGUAAUGUUGAUUACUGUCUCCAUUGGGUAGGGGUAAAUAUUUGGUGGGCCACUGGUGAUUUUGUAUAUAAAUAAGGGAAUUUAUCAUAUUUUUGCAGUGUCUAGUGCUGAGUGCAACAUGUUUUGUUGACUGGAAAUGACCGGAAAAAUUCCCGAGCACCACUCUAAGUAUCUUGCCAAAAUCAGAGCCAUAUUAAGAGGAUGGGUCUUGAGAAAAAAUCAGAAUCACGAACAGUUCUCGACGUAGGGGUAAACGAAGAUAUUCCUGAUUUUUCGGAUGAAAACUAUGAGCCACAUGAUCAUGAACCGGAUGGCAAAUCAGCCUCAUACUUUCAGGCAUUCAGCGUCUUGAUGAAAGCUAGUUUAGGAACCGGUAUACUAGGAAUGCCGAGAGCUUUUUACAAAGCAGGAUACAUUCUCGGUACAAUAAGUACGAUAAUCUCUGGAGGAUUAACAAUACUCAGCGUUCAUUUAAUCGCAAGAACAGAACAUGAACUGUGCAGGCGGAAAAGAAUACCUCGUAUGACUUAUCCUGAAGUAGCCGAAGCUGCAUUUGAAAAGGGCGUUUUCAGACGUUUUAAGAGAGUUUCAAGAAAUAUAUGUUUUUACGGCUUGGUUUUAACGGAAUUUGGAACUACCGCUGCGUAUGCGAUUGCCAUUGCUGAAAAUUUAAAAGCGGUCUGUGAUAAUAACUUUUCCCCGGCUCCUCUGAGAUUUUACCUUCUUUGCCUCUUGGGACCCUUAGUUGUAUUAUGCUGGAUAAAAAAUCUGAAGUCGCUAGCACCUGUGACAUCGUUAGGGACGUGUUGCAGUAUUGGUUGCAUCGGCACUAUCUAUUACUUCAUCUUCUCGCAGCCAAUCUCGCUCGAACACAGAAAGGCGUCCGGGUCAUUCAAUGACUUUGCCCUCUCCUUCGGCACUACAUUGUUCGCACUGGAAGCUUUCCCAGAGAUUCUGCCGAUCAAAAAUAGGAUGACGAAACCGGGACAAUUUGGAUCCACUUUCGGUGUGCUCAACGCAGCAAUGGUUCCCAACACUGCAUUGUGUGUCGUUUUCGGGGUUUUUGGGUAUCUGGCCUACGGGAAGAAUACUCUCAGUCCCAUCACUCUGAACUUGCCACAAACCGGAAUGGUUGGAGACUUAAUCAGGUUCCUCUUGGGUGCAUCCAUCUUCAUGUCUUAUCCAAUCGGCAAUUACGUUGUUGUUGAGCUUCUUUGGCACAAGAAUUUGAAACUGAGAUACGAAAAAAUACCAGAUUAUUGGGAGUACGUCUUCCGAACAUGCGUGACGUGCACUAAUAUCUUAUGCUGCAUCGCUGUGCCCAACUUGGAGCUAAUCAUGUCGUUGGUGGGAUCUCUCAUGGUGCCCGCUCUCGAGCUAUGGCUCCCUGCCAUUAUGCACACUAUCACGUUCUGGAAUGAAUACACAGGGAUUAAAUUCCUCAUCUACGUGAUAGGACCUUUCAUUCUCUGUAUGGUCACCGGCUUUUUUGCUCUGGUCGUCUCUCUCAGCACCACUGUCUUUGAGAUCUACCAAACAUUCUAGUUAUACUAUUUCGAUAAUGUUGAAUGUUUGUCUUGUAACGAUAUUGUUAAUUUUGUAAAUAAUAUACAUUUUUGUACAGUCGUA